CAAAAUGGCGCGGAUUCUACGAGCUCCGAAGAAAGAGAAAGGCAUUUAAAGUGCCAAAAUACGUGCAAUAUAAGUCAAUUCUCUAGAAAAAUGUACUUUAAUUAGACGUGUUUUAGUAAGGACUAAACGACAAACAAUCUCGCAAGAUGUGUGACGUGUGCUGUGAUCUUCUAGCUCUACUUCAAGCCCAUGAUGAGCGUGUUGAUAGAGGUGAAGGUCAUGAAUUGUCCAAGGAAGAAGCCAUGGUGGUGAUAACAUACACUAAUAUAUGGUCUCAAAGACAAUGCUUGUGCUGCUUCAAAGACUUCAAAAACUUUGAGAAGUUCAACAACAUUGUCCAAGUGCUACUAAACCUUGCUAUAUGCUUCAUACGGACUUUACCCCAGGACUGUCAUAAACAAUUAGAAAAAGAGAAACUGCAAGAGGAAAAUUCAAAAAAUUCUGAUGCAACAAAAACAGAAGAUAUAAAACCAAGUGAUAAUAAGGCACCCAAGGAUAUUGAUGAUGAGAAAAUAUCAGUUGAUGUGGUUAACGAUAGUGAUGAUGAAAAUAUGGAUGAGUCUGAGAAAACGGAGAUUGAAGAAUGGAGCAUUGAUGAUAAGGAUAAACUAAUGCAGUUUGUAGCAAAGGUGUUUCUCAUGAAUUUCCCAUUGUAUAUGGCUUACAAACAUGGCAUUGGAAAUUCUUUAGAGGAGUUGCCCCAACAGGAGGCCACAGCCCUACAGAGCUAUUGUGAAGUCACAGAUCCAGAGAUUCCUGUGUUCUUGCUGCGGAAUGUCUGCUUCUUCUGUGAUCGCAAUGGUGUGCAUCUAGCCAUGGGGCAGUGUUUUGACAAGGCAACCCCUGACACACUGCCAUAUACUCUUGCCCACACUCUCAUCACAAUUAUAGCUAAUCUUCGUUUGUGGAUGAACAUCCCAACUGUAAUGCAGUACAUUGUUCCACUAAGGUCACAUGUUAUCAGGUAUAUGUGUAAACUGUCAGACAGGGACUUGAGAAUGGCUGGGACUCGCAAUAUGACAGAUUUGAUGUGGGCCGCUGUAAAGGAGCCAGUUGAAACCACACUUGCGUAUGACAGAGAAGGCUUGGAUCUUGCCUUCAAAUAUUUCACAUGCUCAACAUUAACUAUACGACUGGCUGGUUUAGCGCAGAUAAAUACCCAAAUCAACAUUUACAAUGAAUUUCUCAACAAUGAUAGUAUGACAGAAGCUGAACAUAUUGGUGCCCAACUUGCCAACUGGCUUAUAGAGAAUAAGAUAAUUGAGCACAUGUUUGGUCCCAAUCUGCAUGUAGAGUUAAUCAAACAAGCGCAGCCAAUUCUAAACUUUCUAGCUAUUGAACAGAAGAUUACCAAUGAACACAUAGACUGUCUUUGGGCAGCAGGGCAGCUAAAACACUGCAGUAAACAAGUCCAUGAUGUUAUGAUUCCUCUGAUUAAGAGCCUGGAGGUUCAACCUGUACAGCAUCUUCUAGAGCUGGUCUCCUCACUAGAGCCAAUAGCCCAUACUGAACAGACACUGUUCCUGGCCUCUGCACUCACAAAGUUCCUGUGGAACAUGAUGACCCAGUCAGGGAGUCAUGUCACAGCUGUGCCUCACCAUUGUCAUAAUCACUCAUUUACUGCUUUAGAUAAAGACCAUGAAGACAUUACUAAAGUUGGAUUAGCUGAUCUUAAGAGGCACAAUGUCAGCAGUAGCGGAGAGGCUUCCGGAAGUGAAGAUGAGGCUCAUAGGAGACCAAGGUCACGAAGAGGUCAAGGUCAUUCAGAAAGAGAGAUCUCAGAACACCAUCAAAGACUAUUACGACAGAAAAUCCAUCAAAAAUCCAAGCAAAAACACCGGUGUCAUGAUUCGGAUAAUAGCAGUGUGAUUGCUCAUAGUGACCUGAGCAACAUCAGCGAUGACAGUUUGCCAACUGAUAUGUCUGAGAAUGAGCACAUGUGUGGAAGAGGGGUCAGGAAAGGAAGUGCUCAUUUCAUUGAUGUUAACGACAUUGAAGAUGAGGAGGAAGAUCAGGGAAUGAGCACUGAGAGUGAAGGAGAUGAAGAGGAUGAUGAAGAAGAGGAGGAGAGUGAAUCAUGUGAGGAGAUCUCAAUUGAUGAAGAGGAACAGCAGAUACUGUUGGAACAAGCCCAGCACAGACGUCACCAACAGAUGCUGCAUCGAUUGAGAAUGAAAGAGAUGAGGCAGCAGGGACAUGUGCAUGUUCAUGAUGAUGACGAAGAUGAGGAUGAAGAGGAAGACUCAGAUGAGGAAGAUUAUGAGACAGAUGAAGAGGAGGAAGUGAUGAAGAGGAUGAUGCGACACCGACGUCAAAUGGAGGAAGACAGUGAGGAUAGCGAGGAGUUUGAUGAGGAGGAUUUAUGCGAAGAGGAGCUUGAUGUAUACCAGCAGGAACUGCUCCUCCAGCAACAUUGUCCCCCACUGAGGGUAGUUACCCAUAAUUCACCCAAGAAUAAAUCACCUAUCAAAUCCCCCCAAAAAUCAACAAUCAAAGCAACACCGCCUAAGUCUCCUGGGAAGGCUCUGUCUAAAUCACCAGAAAAGAAAUUUGAGAAGACUGACAAAACAAAACCCAUUUCACCUAAAAAGACUGGUGACCAGAUAAGAAAAAUACAACAAUCAAAAGUCAAGUCAUCCGAUUCCAAAAAAUCUAGUCCAGUAAAAAGUCCUCAAAAAUCUCCACUUAAAUCCCCUAAGAAGACGACUCCUGUUAAAUGUGAUAAACCAAAACCUGACAAUGUUAGUGCUCAAGAAAAACAAAUGGAAAAAAGUGAACCAAAAAUGAAACCACAAAUUGAUGAACAGAAGAAAGAGAAUGAUCAUUCCAAAGCUGAAAAGUGCAAAGAGGUGGAACAAGUUGAUAUGAAAGGAGGGCAAGAUGAAGGCAACAUGGAAGUUGAAGUUACUGAUCUGACAAACUUUCAACCUACAACUGAACAGGAUUCAGAGAAAUGGGGUUUCCUGAUUGAGAAGUCUGAAGAAGAAGGCAGCAACUCAUCACGAAUGAGUGCCAAAUCAGAUAAAAAUAUGGCUGAUUUUGAAGGAGAAGAGGGGUUGAGUGAUGAAGAAAUUGCUCACUUGACCAGCCAUGCUGUCCCAACCUGUAGCACUCCAAGCAGACAGAGACAACCAGCACAUGCUAUGGGCUCAGACUUUCAUAAACAAUUAGUCCAAGGCUCCAGGAAAGUGAAUGAGUCUGAAAGCACAAGUAGCAACCCCAAUAGCAGCCAUAUGUUGGAGGAUGUAUCUGAUAGGGGGAAUACAUUACUAUGGGACCUCAUACAGGAUGAUACAGUGCAUUUACUGCCAGAAGGGCUCUCAAUGGAAGCAGAGAAGAUCCUAUGUUCUCUGAUUUGCUUCACCAAUGACCAUAGGAUCAGGAUGAGCUUCAUUGAGGCAUGUAUUGACAAUGUGGCCCAUCACAGGUCUGUCCUCGUCUCUCUGAGGAUGCUACCCAAGCUAUUUGGAUCCUUCCCAGUGUUCACAAGGGCAACUCUGGACACAUAUCAAGUCACAAUGUGGGCUGAAAAGGAACUGAACAUGAUGCAGUAUUUCUUUAAAGAUUUGGUUUAUUACGUUGAGGUGCUACAGAACAGAGAGAGGUCUCACUACAUCUACACACACAGGGAUGAGAUUCAAGUCCGUCUACAUUUCCUCGCAUACGUCUUCUCUGCAGUUGGAUCACCUGAUGCAUUCCGUCUUACCCUUGAACAAGUAGACACAUUGUGGAGUUGUUUGGCCACUGAUGAAGAAUGUUCUGACGAUUGUCUUAGUUGGUUCUUGAACCAGGCCAAGAGUAAGGACCAUCAUGCAAUGGGGCUAGAGACAUUUAAACAUCUUUUUAUGGAGAAGAUGCCACAGUUGCGCCCAGAGUCUAUGACAAUGACGGGACUGAAUUUGUUCCAACAGCUCUGUCAUUUGGCACGAAUCGCCAACUCCUCCAUGGAUAAUGCGCUCCCAGAGGAUAAGAUCAGUGGGAUGAACCAGCUGUGGGGGAUAGCCCUGAGGGCUCAGAAUACGGAUGUCAGUAUGAAUGCGGUCCAGUUCAUCAACAAUUAUUACAUCAAUUAUGGUAGCGGCUCUCUAGAAAAGGAGGAAGAAUUUGUCAAUAAGUGCAUGGAUUACCUCGUCAAUGCCUCCAAGAAUAUCUCCAUUGACCCCGAAUGUGAACUCAUGGUGAUCCAGCGUGGUUUGAUUCUCUUGAAGAACCACCUUGAAAGCUUUAGGCAGCGUUAUGCCUUUCACAUGCGUAAUUGGUUACUGGAUGGCAUGGGCGUGUUCAGCCAUCAGAAAGGUGUGAAAGACAAACAGUCCACACCUAUCAGAGUUGUGUUACAACCAGCAGGACAUGCAGAGAAGAUAACCAUAGAAAUGAUGUCAACAGAUCAAAUAGCCGAUUUACGCGCUGAGGUGACCCGCUGGUGGAGUGCUUUACAGAAACAAGAGCAGAAAAUUAAGAAACAGCAAGCUGCUGGAACUACUUCCAUGUUGACCCCUAUCCUGGGGUCAAUGUUAGGUGAUGGACCAAUCAGAAUGAUCACUUUGGGCCAGGAGUUGUCUUUUGAUGUUGAUGAGAAAACACUUUCUGAAAUGCAGUUCAAGGAUCAGCAGCUGCUGUUUGUUUCUGUGGGUGCCAGCAGGACCCCCAGGAAGCAUGAUGGCUCCACCCCCACAUCAUUCCUGCCUGCCCCAGAUAGGGACCAGAUCCCAAUGAUGUUGCUGCAGAAGUCUCCACACUUUGAGCAGCUAUUCAAUCUGCUGCAGCAGCUUGCAAGUCUCAAUUGUGAUGACUCUAUGGAUUCCCAGGAGCUAUGCAGCAUACAAAACAAGGCUAGACUGUUGUCUAGGAGAGUCUGGGAAUUGCUCAUGUUGCUACCCACCAAUACAGACAUCUUGCUAGGCUUUAAGAGUAUCAUCAAUAAUGAAACAGAGAAGGCUAGUAAAGAGAAGCAAAGGGUUGGUGUAGUAGAUUGGGAUUCUCUUCUAUCAACGCAGAGUUCCCACAAGUUGAUGUACUCACUACAGAUUGUAGAGUCGCUGUCUAGACCACUUAAGAACAGAAGGAGAUCUAUGAUGCGCUCAGGGGGAGGUGAUUCUUACUUGAGCACAGAUUCUGAGAUGUCAGUAGAUUGUGAAACUGCGGAAGAGAUUUGGAGUAAACAGUUUAUCACCCAGGGAGGUUUGAAGCAUCUCUUUAACAUCUUCACAUCUGGUGUCUUACAAGUAAAGGAUGGAGACAACUGGAACCAGUGGAGUCAAGAAUGCCUAGCUUAUCUACUAAGACUGGUCAGUCAGUUUGCUGUUUUGCAAUCUGAUGGUGAAGAUGACGUCUUUGAGACAUUUGAAAGCCCAAGGAAGAAAAUGAAGCGACACAAAGCCAGCGAGAAAAUGAAUAUACAGACUCUGAAUCAGGCAAUUCUGUCAAUGAUAAACACAGAUACUGUACUAAAGAUCCUGAUGACGAUAUUGUAUGAUGCGACUCUGCCAGCUGAUCCUAGCCAAGUGCACAGUGGAUCAUGGGGUAGAACUGAGGUGGUUCACUAUGCCCUGUCAUUCCUUGUUUCCUGGGCCUAUAGCUGUGAUAAGGUGCUCCCUGCUCUCUGUAGCUGUGAUAAUUUUCCACAGUGGCUAAAACGAUUAACUCUUGAAGCACCGGAGCCAUACAUGAGACUAGAAGCAUGUAGGGGGAUAUACAGACUUUGUUUGGGGAGGUCAGAUGAUGGAAAACUUGGUUACAACUUUCUGAUGCCAGUUCUUGCCAGCCUCCUCAGCUUCCUGAGUAAAACCUUGAAGAUGAAGCCUCGUAAACGAGAUUAUGAUGACAAGGACAAGGAACUCUAUGGAGCUGGGUCCAGAGAUUACUUCUGGUUGCUAUGCCGACUAAUAGAUGGCAUUUGUCACAAUGAUGCAGAGAAAAGUUGGCAAGAGGAGGAAAGCACAGUGGAUUUGGACUGGUUGGCGAGCCAUACUAUGGGUCUAAUACUAGAUAGGGAAUAUAAAGAGACUAAACAGUUGGAGGAUGAUGGUCUCAUUGGUCUGUUGAAUGUUACAUCUGCUGUCAUGAAACACAAUCCACCUGUGAAGUUCCAAGAGAGGGGACAGAGUUUUACACUGGAGGUUUUCUGGAUGUUGUUUGCGUUACCUACACAAGAGAAGCGCCAUCUGCCCAAGUGCAAGUCCCAUACAGCCAGGUCUGCCGCCUAUGACCUUCUAGUUGAAAUGGUGAAAUCUAGUCUUAAUAAUUAUGCUGUCUUCCAUGAGAAAAUGCUGGCACAACAUAUGAAAGAUGGCCAUUCCCCAUAUACCUGGGACCAUUGGCCCCAUGAGGAUGGCAGAUCUACAUGUGGCUAUGUAGGACUCACAAACCUUGGUGCUACUUGCUAUAUGGCUACUUGUAUGCAGCAUCUCUACAUGAUUCCUCAGGCCAGAAAAUUUGUGCUUGAAGCAAAGUGCAGUCAAAAUACUAAACACGAAGGAACAUUGACGGAGUUGCAGAAAAUGUUUGCAUAUCUCUUAGAAAGUGAGCGAAAAGCUUAUAAUCCCCGCAGCUUCUGUAAAGUAUACACAAUGGACAAGCUGCCGUUGAAUACAGGAGAGCAAAAAGAUAUGACAGAAUUUUUCACCGAUUUGAUUACGAAACUUGAAGAAAUGUCUCCUGAGCUCCGUAAACUUGUGAAGAAUUUAUUCGGUGGUGUGAUCACAAAUAAUGUUGUAUCUUUGGACUGUCCACACGUUAGCCGCACGAAAGAGGAGUUUUAUACUGUUAGAUGUCAGGUGACAGAUAUGAAGAAUCUCUAUGAAUCCCUUGAUGAGGUUACAGUCAAAGACACACUGGAAGGGGACAAUAUGUACACAUGUUCAAAAUGCCAAAAGAAAGUCCGUGCAGAAAAGAGGGCCUGUUUCAAGAGACUUCCUAAGAUCCUAUGUUUCAACACAAUGAGGUAUACAUUCAACAUGCUAACAAUGAUGAAGGAGAAGGUCAACACACAUUUCUCAUUCCCCCUAAGGCUGGAUAUGUCAGGCUACUUAGAGAAGAAUCUGCUAGAAGCCAGUAAGCUAAGUGAUGAUGACGAGGAGGAAGCUAAUAAACAGGAAGCGGAAGAAUUUGGUGAAAAUAUUGAGGUGUACUCUUACGAGUUAAUAGGUGUCACUGUACACACGGGAACUGCUGAUGGCGGCCAUUACUAUAGUUUCAUACGAGAUCGUUUGAACAAGAAUGAGACUGGCCAGGAUAAGUGGUAUCUGUUUAAUGACGCUGAGGUGAAACCGUUUGACCCUAGUCAACUGGCCUAUGAAUGCUUUGGUGGAGAAAUGACGAGUAAAACAUAUGAUUCUGUGACUGACAAGUUCAUGGACUUCUCUUUUGAAAAGACAAACAGUGCCUAUAUGUUGUUCUAUGAGAGACGAAAACAAACUGAUGAAGAAUCAGAGCCUCAAUGUGAGCAAACUGAAAAUGAGGCUGCAACAGAUACCUAUAGAGGGCAGGUCAAUCUCUCCAAGGAACUUGCAGAGUGGAUAUGGCAAGAUAACACCCAGUUCUUGCAAGAUAAGAACAUAUUCGAACGAACCUAUUUUGAGUUUAUGUGGCAGAUGUGUUCUUAUAUCCCAACCACUCUCAUCAAAGAAGACCCAGUCACUGUGCCUUUAUUAGCAGCUAAACUAGGAACAUCAUUUGUGCUAGAGACUCUCAUACACUCAAAGGAGAAACCUCUAAUGGUCAGCUGGAUAGAACUGAUAUCAAACAAGUUUAAUUCUUGCCAUGCAGCGUGUGAGUGGUUCCUGGACCAUAUGGCAUCCGAUGAUUGGUGGCCAGUUCAGAUCCUCAUCAAAUGUCCUAACCUAGUUGUCAGACAGAUGUUCCAGAGGUUGCUUAUCCAUGUAAUAACCCAACUAAGGGCUGAACACCAUAACCUCUAUCUCAGUCUCCAUGCAAUGGAAAGUGAUGGGGAGGAGUGUGAGCUUGCAGAGUUGGGCUCUCAGUCAUGCGUCACACGAUUCAUCAAGAAAAUGCUUACUAUUAUCGAGAAUGUGAAGCCCAGUAGUAAACAUCUCACAGAGUACUUCGCAUUCAUGCUAGACUUUGCCAAAAUGGGAAGCAAUGAAUGUAUCUUCCUCAUCCACAUCAGUGCAAUAUCAACAUUCAUCAACUUCUACAUGGGACAUAAGCCAGCUGAUUAUAAUCAUGCAGAGGCAACAUCCGAAGAUGACGAAGAUGAGGAUGAUGAUGUCAUUCCACUCUCUGAUGAAAAAUACCGUCCCCAAGCUCUUGAGAAAAUGAUCACUUUGAUCGCAAUGUUAGUCGAGAAUGCAAGGGGGGAAGAUAACAAACUGGAACUGCCAGAAGAUGAUCUCCAAGCUCUUAUAGAUAGAAACUACACCCAAAUUAACUACCCGAAUAUGACGGAUAAGGAAUUCUUCAAUUCUCUCGGAAAUACCAUGAAAUUGGAGUUUCCAUUCCUGUUCAGUCAAAUCAGAGACUGUAUCAAUGUGAGGCAGACGUGUAAUCUAAUAUUUAGUCUAUCCAGGUGGAAUGACAGAUUGGCAUAUGCUAUUGUCAAUAUGAUGUUCAACUCCAUCACAAAGCUGAACUCAGACCAAGCCCAGCCAUUCUUUAAACUUCUCUCCUGCUUAGUGGAAUUUGUCGGUGGUCCCCCAGGCAUGCCCCCAUUCACGCAGUUCAUACUGAGAAAAUUCUGGGAAUUAACUGAAUUCUGCCCCCAGCAGUGUCUAGAAUGGCUGAGUAACCAAGUGACCAGGAACAAGUUAGUCCACAAUUGGGUCCUGAAGCACAUGAAUGUCUGGGUGGAGCAGUACCUCAUGGCAAACUCUAAUAUAAGAGUCAGAAAUGCUGCUGGCCACUUAUUGGUGUCCCUUGUGCCUUGCAAUCACUUCAGACAGGUCUACAGAUCAACCAGGAGUCUCCCUAGUCCACACAAAGACAUGCAUAUGUCACCAGAAGCAUUAAUCAUACUGCACGAGAUCUAUAAACAUCUCCUCAACCUGCUGCCAAAUGCCAAACUCUAUGUGGACACCGCCUGCCAUGGAACAAUGAAACUGAUGCCUUACUUCUUGCUUAUGAUGUACUGCUUAGUGAGCAAAACAGAGAAACUCAUGUUUUCGUGCCAUUUUCAAGAUCUGUGGACAUUAUUCCAACCCAAGCUGUCAGAGCCACCUAUCUCCACCCACCAGAACAAACAAGCCCUCCUGUUGUUUUGGUAUCAGGUCUGUGUUGACUGCCCAGAAAAUGUGAAGCUGAUUGUCACAAAUGCUCAUGUCACAAAGAACAUUGCCUUUAACUACAUCCUAGCGGACCAUGAAGACCAAGAUGUUGUUAUGUUCAACAGAUGUAUGCUCCCAGCCUAUUAUGGUAUUCUGCGUAUGUGUUGCGCCCAGUCUAGGACAUUUACACGGCAGCUUUCUCAGCAUCAGAACAUUCAAUGGGCUUUCAAGAACAUCUUACCAUACUCAAUGAAUUACACUGCUGCUGUGGAUGAACUGUUUAAGAUUAUGCGUAUUAUGGUCACCAAACACCAAGAUGCCUCAGAUGAGGAGCUACGAAGUAUUGCAGCAUUUCGUAGCAACACAAUUCGACUGUUUAUGCAGAAUAUUGACUCAAGAGCUUGGCAGACAAUCAUACAGGCAUUGAAGAUUGUAGUUGAGAGUCUUGAGGACAGACUUCUAGUAAUAUAUCAGCAAGGAUUCACUUUACUCUCUGAUUGUUUCCAAACCCUCCACAGUAUGUACCAUGAAGCUACAGCCUGCCAUGUAAUCCAAGAGAUACUAGACUUGUUACAUAUCAUCAUACCUAUACUUAAAGUCGGCAAACUCUACCAGGAGAAAAAAAUGGCUGAUGUGAGAACCUGCCUGGUGGGCUGGAAGGGGAGGAUGGAUUUUGUGCGUCGCCUGCUCACUCUACUCAACACCUACACUCCACCUGAAAUCCGCAUAGCAACAUCAGAUGUACUGAGGGAAAUGAUAAUUAUCUACCCUAACGACGCUCUCAACCAUUUAGUGCCAAUAUUACUGAGCAGUCACAUGACCUUCCAGGAACAGGGUAUCUGUCCUCCAAUGGGUCCAUAUUUCCCAAAGAGAGGCCAGAAACCGAUCAGUUCGAAGGCGUCCAUACGUCCUCCCAGGCCACAGUUCCAAAUGUUCCUGCAUCACAACCAGCUAGAGUCAAAUAAGGGUGUUGAUGAGCAGUAUGACCAGGCUUUGUGGGAUUUCUACACUCCGUACUACCUGGUUGUGGACCUUCUAGUCAGAAUGGCAGUCAAUCAAAGAAACCUCAAUGAUGAUGUCAUCAAUCUUAGUGCAAUGGUAGCAUAUGAAGGUGUUCCUCUACAUGUGCCAUACUUUGGUAAACUAUGGUACGAGAUCUACCACUCAGAGCAAGUAGACAAGAAGUGUAUCCAGCAUUUAUGUGCUAGUAAUGCCCUGGUUGAGUAUGUUGAUGCUGUAUUACUUGAUGAGAGAUUGUCUCUGAGUGAUAGCCACAUCUAUCAGUUCUUCUGUAACUUCUUCCCUAAGGUUUACCAACAAGUUCUCAAUGACCAGGGUAAGGCCUUAAUGGAGAGUAUUGUGGCCUCAGUUGUGGCAGAGAGGGCAGCCUUGGACAAUGUACGCAGCGAUAGGGAUUUCAAUAAUAUAGCUCAGAGAAUUAAUGGGGAUGUACGUGCAAUGUUACUGAUUUUCUCAGUCCAACCUCCCAAGAGUUUUGGUGGCAUCUUAAAACAAAACCUUCAGUCGAUUCUAAAAAUUUGCCAGAAGUACCAGCAAGCCAAGAGGGCCAGGGAAGAGCAGGAGAGAAAGCGAGAAGAGCAGGAAAGGAAACUGGAAGAGCAGGAAAGAAAGAAGCUUGAAGAGGAGAGGGAGAAGUUGGAAAGGAAGAAGAUUGAGAUAGAGCAGGAGAUAGAGGCGGAGACGAGGAAGAAGCGAGGAAGUGUGGAUAGCAAGCUGCCAGAAACUGGAGGUGGGUCAGCAAAAAAGCGCCGUCGCACAACCUCAACAGAACACCACAUACAGGGGGACAAGUCUGAGACUAUUGAAGAUAAAAACCCAACAGAUAAACCCAUGGAUACUACCAGUGAUAUCCCCUCUAGCACCACAGAUGACUCUAAUGUUCCUAGUGAUAAACCAGGCCAUUCUAGUGAAAAAUCAGGCCAGAGUGAAAAACCAGGUCUACGUGACAAAUCAGGCCUCGGUGACAAAUCAGGCCUUAGUGAUAAACCCAAUGUUACAAAUGACAAGCCAAGACUUUCUAAUGAAAUGCAAGAGUCAACAAGUGACAAGCCUACCCUUUCAAGUGACAAAGAUAUCCCAUGUGACAAGAGCCUUCCUGGUGACAAGGCCAACCUUCCAAGUAGCAGCAAAGAUGUUCCUUCGUGCAGUACAGACAAUAGUAAUGACUCUUCAAGUAAAGAUACCUCUGAAGAUCAAAAAUCAAGCGAUAAUGACUCAAAACCUGUCACUCAAGAUCCAAAAACAAAAACUAUGAAAAAGUCCAGUGAAAAACCAAGCACUUCAACGAGGGCUUACGAAAAACCUGGCCCACUCUCGAAAAAAUUAGCAAGAAACCCUCGAGAGAGGCCAGGUCCUGUGGAUAUGUGCAUUAGAAAUAUUGAUAAUUUAUUUGGGAUGAUAAACAAAGGAAGGGACAGUAGUGAAGAAACAGAAGACCAAUGAUGUGGAAAUAACAACAUCAAAAAUGUCAUGACAGUAUUUUUAAUGUUAAUAAUACAGUGAACCUGUCUAAUACGAACACCAGUAAUUUUCAGAUUAGCAGGUGGCCACAUUUCAAGUUUUUUAAUCAAAUUUGAGACAGACAGAAAGCAUUUAGAUUGAGAGGUGUUUCAUGGAUUAGAGAGGUGUUUGGAUAUACAGGUUUAGUGCACAAUGAAAAUAUGGUAAAUAUAAUAU